AUGGCCGUACUCGGGAUCGACUCCCGGUGGCAUGCCGGUGAAAAAGAGAUCCACCAGAUGCUCGGCGUACCAGAAGGUGAUAACCCAACAUACCCAGGCCUGGGACUACAAUAUAGACGGCGCAUCCAAGACUCACCACUCAUGGCCGUCGGUACACUGGACGAGCAAGGCCGCCCUUGGACAACGAUUUGGGGACACACGGCCGGUUUUUGCAGACCGAUUGGGCCAGGCGUCCUGGGCGCGCAAGUUCCCGCUGACAAUAUAUACGACCCAGUGCUACAUGAACUUUUUGCAGUUCACACAUCUGACGCCAGAGAGAAACGUUUCGUCGACGAUCUUUUAGUGAAGCCAACCGGAGGAAAGACGAUAUCUGCGCUGUCCAUCGACCUGGAGACACGAGAUCGUGUCAAGAUUGCUGGCCGGCUCGUCGCUGGUUCUGUCUUCACUGAGCAGCACGGCCAGGCAGAUGGCGGUCAACCGAAUGGGCCACAGAGAGUCGUACAGAUGGCCCUCGAGGUCACCGAGACGUUGGGAAACUGUCCGAAGUACUUGAACAAGAAACACAUCACGCCUGCACCUGUGUCAAAAGAGUCAUCAUCCGUACCGAUUCUACAGAGCAAGGGCACCGGUCUGCCCUUGUCGGAAGAGGCUGUUGCGUUGAUCCAAAAGUCAGAUCUUUUCUUCAUCUCGAGCAAGCACGGCGACGGCAGCAUGGACACCAAUCACCGCGGUGGACCGCCUGGACUUCUGGGGGUUUACCAAAACGCGGCUGCGGAGCAAGGCGGAGUAUCGCUGGUAUAUCCCGAGUACUCUGGUAACAGGCUUUAUCAGACGCUGGGUAACCUGCGAACCGAUCCCUAUGCGGGCCUCGUCAUCCCUGAUUUUGAGACCGGAGACGCCCUAUACUUGACGGGCCGCGCGGAUAUCUUGAUCGGCGACCGGGCAGCAAUGUAUCUUCCUCGCACUAAACUAGCAGUCAGGAUCAAAGUCGAAGAGGCCAGGUUUGUGACAAACGCCCUCUCAUUCCGCGGAGAGUUCAUCGAUCACUCGCCAUAUAACCCUCCGGCUCGGUCGGUAAUCACGCAAGGCACGCCAGGCAAAGCUCUCCCAUCGUCCGAGCCUGGUGCAAUGGCUACGGCUACCCUUUUGAAGCAGGAAAAAAUCACGCCUAUCAUCUACCGUUUCGUAUUUAAGCUGGCGCCAUUUAUUGACAAGCGAGGCCGGCCGAAGAGUCAACUGAAGGCAUGGACACCCGGUCAGUACGCGACCUUCGACUUCGGGCCCGAGCUUGAUAAUGGCUGGUCUCACAUGAAUGACCAAGAACCCCAGAGUCUGAAUGACGACUUCGUUCGCACCUUUACCAUCAGUGCCCCUCCGGCAGCAGAGCUGGUUGGACCGGACGGCACCUUCAAGCCCGGUGUCUCGGCGGUGCAGCUAGAAAUCACGGCCAGAGUACACGGGCCAGCAACCAAGCUUCUAUCCAAGUGGUCGACCAGAGUGCCUCUUGAGCUGCCGGUUCUGGCCUUUGGCGACACCGAGGGUUUCGAGCUUCCGCUUACUGACAAUGGCAAGGAGAUUGUAUUCGUAGCCGCGGGCGUCGGGAUCACGCCGCUGCUGGCGCAGGCGAGCCGGCUUCGAGACUCGCCCAACGCCAAGAACAUCUUGGUGGUCUGGACCCUGAAGAGCAGCGAUCUAGGGCUCGCCAUCCGGGCGUUCGACGACAUCCCGGGCAUGCAGGACGUCACGGCGCUGUACGUCACGGGCGACAUCCGCAGCGAGGAGGCCAUCGGGAACGUGCGUGCCCUCAUGGACCGCGGCGUCCAGGUGCGCCACGGCCGGGUCACGCAGGACGUCCUCAGGGGCCGGACUCACGGCGAGGACACCAGCACGCCCAGUGACUGGCAGAUCAGGAGGACCUUCUACUGUUGCACGGGCCCCGAGAUGAUGAAGACUCUGGUCCAGUGGCUUGAUGGGGCGGAAGUCCAUUAUGAGAGUUUCAACUACUGA